AUGGCACCGAAGUGCCGCGCCCCCGCAUUGUGGCCGCCGCGGCUGCUGGUUGCGAGCCGUCCCGCCGACGGCGUGAUGCCGCGCUGUUGGACUCGCCAGGAGGAGGAGGAGGAGGAGGAGGAGGAGGAGGAGGAGGAGGCCCGACUGACCCAGGUUUGCACUGAUUCGGGCAAGCAGAUCCCCGAUGCGGUGCCUCGCGCCCAUGAGCCUGUGUGUGCAGGCGCGCUCGGCGACGAGACCCCCCGCGCCGCGCUGACGAAGUCCCUCCUCCGCGGGCACAAGGACGACAGCGUCAACUGCCUCGCGGCCGACGAGGCCGAGCGCUCGCUUGUGUGCUCUGGAGGCGCGGAUGGCGUCUGCCGCCUCUGGGACCUGCGCGCCAACCGCCGCGCCAGCGUCCAGGCGGCCGUGGCCGGCGCGGAGGACGGCAUGGGCCGGGGAGGGCCGACCUCGCUGCACGCCCUGCACGCCCGCCAGCGUCGGCCGCUGGAGCACCCGAGCCUCGGAAGGUUCAACGAUAUGGUCCACAGCAAGUACCACGUAGCCAUGAGUAUCGGUUCAAUUGCUGGAUUCUACCCCUUCCAUGCUGGCCCAGCCACCCUACCUGUCGCGAGACUCCUGUCCAUGAGGGAUGACAUUCAGGUUGCCGUGGCAGGCUGGAGCACCUCCGUGUUGGUGGCCGAGGAUUCGGGCGCAGUGCACCUGCUGGACGUCAGGACUUGGUCCCACGAGGAGACCUUGGAGCCUGCGCGAGACGAGGAGGAGGACGAGGAGGACGAGGACGAGGACGAGGAGGAGGAGGUUGAGGAGGAGGAGGAGGAAGAGGAAGCAGGCGAGGCUGCGGCGGAGAGGCGAGAAGACCCGGAGGCCGAAGCGGGCGGCGGCCCGGAGGCAGAGGAGGAGGGGGCCGCCGCCGGCCCCGAGCGGAGGGGCGAGGCGGCCGGCCGCCGGGUGGGCCACUGCAGCAUCUGCAGCUGCCUCGCGGUCCGCCCCGGCCACAGCUCCGACUUUGCCUCUGGCGGCCUGGACUGCGCGGUUAUCCUCUGGAGGCGGAGCGCCCGCGCCAGCGCUGGCGCGGCGUGCGAGGGCCGGAAGGUGCAGCUGCCGCCCGACCUGGACGAGGCCUCCGCGACCUCCGCGGGCGGCUGCCAGCUGCUCAACCCGCACUUCGUGCACUCGCUCUCCUACGCGCCCGACGGCGGCAGCCUGGCCGUGGGGCUCGGCGACGGGACGGUGGCGCAGCUGGACGCGGGCUCGGGGCGCCUGUGUCGGAGGCUGCGGGGCCACGCCUCCGCGGUCGCCCAGGUCCUGCACGCGCCCGCGGGGCUCUUCUCCGCCGGCAACGACCUGGGGAUCUGCCUCUGGGGCCCGGCGGCGCCCGCGCCGAUGCUGCGGCUGUCGCACCCGGAGAAGGUGAACGGGCUCGCCUGGGCGGGCUCGGCCCUGCUGGUGGCUGGCCUGGGGCGCGACGUCGUGGCCUACGAGGGCUUCGGCCGCUGA